AUGCCGUCAAUGGUGGUUCCUGAGGUAACACUAAACUCGUGUGACGGCAUAACAAUGCCAGUGAUCGGCAUGGGGACUUCAUCGUACCCUCGUGCCGAUCCGGAAACAGCCAAGGCUGCAAUUCUUGAAGCUAUCAAAACGGGGUACCGCCACUUCGACACGGCCUUCAUUUACGGAUCAGAGCAUGAUCUGGGUGAAGGCAUAGCCGAAGCCCUGCGUCUUGGUUUCAUCAACUCCAGAAGUGAGCUCUUCAUCACCACCAAGCUUUGGGCCAGCUUUGCUGAGAGGGACCUUGUAGUGCCUGCCAUCAAGGCCAGUUUAAGGAAUCUUCAAGUGGAGUAUGUGGAUAUGUACAUAAUUCAUUGGCCCUUCAAGUUAGCGAAAGAGGUGAAGAGUACGCCUGUUGAAAAGGAGAUUGUGCAACCUCUAGAUUUGAAGUCUGUUUGGGAAGGCAUGGAAGAGUGCAAGAGACUGGGCCUUGCCAGGGCCAUUGGCGUCAGUAAUUUCACCUGCAACAUGCUUCAGGACCUCCUUUCCAUCGCCAAAAUCCCUCCCGCCCUCAACCAAGUGGAGAUGAAUCCAGCCUGGCAGCUGAAAAACAUGAGGGAGUUUUGCAAGGCAAAAGGGAUCCAUGUCACAGCAUUCUCUCCGUUGGGUGCAUCUGGGACUAAAUGGGGAGACGACAGAGUUUUAGGCUCAGAUAUCCUCCAAGACAUUGCCAAAGCCAAAGGCAAAACAACAGCUCAGAUAUCGUUGAGAUGGGUGUACGAGCAAGGGGUGAGCAUGGUAACCAAGAGCUACAACAAGGACCGAAUGAAGCAGAACCUCGACAUCUUCGGUUGGUCCUUGACGGAGGAGGAGUUGGACAAGCUGACUCAUCUUCCUCAGCGCAAAGGUGUCAAUUUUGCCUCACUUUUGGGGCCGCAUGAUAUUGUGCUCGAGAUUGAUGCUCAAUUAUGA